CUCUCGCUUGAUGCUGCUGCGCAUGCGCGCCUCAGUCAGUCGGGUGUGGCAGACUUUUCUCAGCGUUUCGCAUCUCCGCAGUCAUGGCGCAGGGCCUCCGGGAGCGCUUCGAGCGCUUCCUCCAUAAAGACAACGCGCUGACGGCCGUCCUGGCCAAACUCGAGGCCCGCAGUGGAGUCAGCCGGACCUACAUUUCUCUCGGUGUCAUCGGAAUCAUCGCGGUGUACCUGGUGAUUGGGUACGGAGCAUCCCUGCUGUGUAACCUCAUCGGGUUCAUGUACCCCGCCUACAUCUCAAUCAAGGCCAUUGAAAGUGCCACCAAGGAAGAUGACACCAAGUGGCUCACCUACUGGGUGGUGUACGGGAUUUUCAGCGUGGCGGAGUUCUUUGCUGACAUCUUCCUGUCUUGGUUCCCAUUCUACUACAUUGGAAAGUGUGCCUUCCUGGUUUGGUGCAUGGCUCCCAUCCCUUCCAACGGGUCCGUUCAGAUCUAUCACCGCAUCAUCCGGCCGUUUUUCCUGAAGAACGAGGCGACGAUCGACGACACGGUGAAGAACCUGAAGGACAAGGCUUCAGACGCUGCCGACAAGAUCAGGGAUGAAGCCAAAAAAGCCACAGCUAACAUCAUAUUUGAGGAGAAGAAGAGCUCCUGAAGGAGGAGGCCUGACUCCACGGAGGCGCCGGUCUGGUCCUGGUGUUCCCAUGGUUCUGCUUCCUGUCAGUGAAAUGUUCUCAUGAUAGAGAUCAGCCUGAGCUAAAUAAAAACCGCUGAAGUGAAGCUGCUGCCUGUCUGCAAAUAUCAACCUGUCGUGAUAAAACACAUUUGAAUCCUCAGAUUAAAGUUUAGUCUGUCAGACCUUUGGGUGUGUUCAUGUAUGAAGCAGCUGAUCAAUAAAAGCUACGCAUAAACGGAGUUGGAUCCU